UCAAGUGGACUUUACUAUGUUCCAUCUGAUGGAGAUUACAACCAUUAUAUUGAGUAUACGAAGACCCUUCCACUGAACCCUUCUCCUGAGAUUUUUGGGAUGAAUGCUAAUGCUGAUAUUACCAAGGAUCAAUCAGAAACACAACAGCUAUUUGACAACAUCCUUCUAACACAGUCACGCACUUCAGGAGGAGGAGGAAAAUCAUCAGAUGAGACGGUUUAUGAAGUUUCGGCAGAUAUCCUGAGUAAACUCCCUAUGAAUUUUGACACGGAAGCUGCAAUGAGACGUUAUCCCACCACUUACACUCAAAGUAUGAAUACGGUAUUGGUCCAAGAAAUGGGUCGAUUCAAUAAAUUACUUAUGACUAUCAGAGAUUCUUGUAUCAAUAUACAGAAAGCAAUAAAGGGUUUGGUGGUUAUGUCUGCGGAUUUGGAAGAAGUAGUUCUGAGCAUACUAAAAGGAAAGAUUCCUGGAAUGUGGAUGAAGAAAUCAUACCCAAGUCCCAAACCUCUUGGCAGUUAUGUUAAUGAUUUUCUUGCAAGGCUAAAAUUUCUACAGGACUGGUAUGAAAAUGGAACCCCCCCAAUGUUUUGGUUGUCAGGCUUUUUCUUCACACAAGCAUUCCUGACAGGUGCUCAGCAGAAUUAUGCUCGCAAAUACACAAUCCCAAUUGACCUGCUGGGUUUUGACUUUGAAGUCUUAGAAGAUAAGGAAUACAAACAUGCACCCGAGGAUGGUGUUUAUAUUCAUGGACUAUUCCUUGAUGGAGCACGCUGGGACAGAAAAACAAAGAGGCUAGGAGAAUCUCACCCAAAAAUCCUCUAUGACACAGUACCCGUGAUGUGGCUGAAGCCUUGCAAGAGAACAGACAUCCCGCUGCGAUCAUGUUACAUUGCACCCGUGUACAAGACCAGUGAAAGAAGAGGAACUCUGUCCACUACUGGACACUCAACUAAUUUUGUGAUUGCAAUGACCCUUCCUUCUGAUAAACCUGAGGAGCACUGGAUUGGACGAGGUGUUGCUUUACUAUGUCAACUUAGCUCAUAA